AUGGUGAAGGGCAGGCAUGACGAGCAUGUUAGAUUAUAUGUUUACGGCUUGAUACUUUAAUAUAAUAUGUUGCUUGUGUAAAUCCAGGGCAUGAGUACCAAAGAAGAUAUGGGAUGGUAUACUGGUAAGAGGAUGGUGUAUAACUACAAAUCUAAUAUGAAGAAGAAGGUCACACAUUAUCAUUGUAUUUUAGGGAAAGUUACCCGCUCUCAUGAAAAUAGUGGCAUCGUUAGGGCUAAGUGUAAUACCAACUUACCUCCUCGAUCCAUGGGUCAUAAAGUAAGGGUCUAUAUGUAUCCAAGCAACAUUUGA